AUGACGAAGUUUGCUUGUGCCAAUGAUGGCAAUUUGUUGUCGGUGGCCGAAUUUGAGGUAUUUUUGAGUUUUAGAGGCCCUGAUACCCGCCUCAACUUCACCGAUUGCCUCUAUCACUCCUUGGUCGGAGCUGGGAUUCGUGUCUUCAGAGACGAUGAAGAGAUCCGAAAGGGCGAAAAGAUUGCAGGCAAACUUCUGCAUGCCAUUGAAUCCUCCAAAAUAUACUUGCCCAUUUUCUCUAGGACCUACGCGACUAGUAAGUGGUGUCUUCGCGAGCUCACAUACAUACUAGAGUGCUCAAGCAAAGCGAAUGACAAAGUGAUUCUACCCAUAUUCUAUGACGUGAAUCCCGAUGAUGUAAAGCUCAAAACUCGAUUGUACCUUGAUGUUCUGAAGAAGCAUGAGAAGGAGUUUGGCCUCGAUGAGAUUCGGCGAUGGAAGGAAGCUUUGACCGAGGGUGAAAUCAUCAACACUAUUGUUGAUGAGGUUUUGACCAAGCUAAUGAAAAGAAUGAGAAAUCUGCCUAAUCAUUUAGUUGGGAUUCAUGAUCGUGUUGAAGCUAUCGUGGACAUGUUAAAUGAAGGUUCUCAUGAUGUUUGCUACCUAGUCAUCCAUGGAAUGGGCGGUGUCGGUAAGACAACUCUCGCAAGUGCUGUCUUUAAUCAAAUCUCCAAUCAAUUUCAAGGUUGUAGCUUCCUUUUAGUCAUCCGUGAAUCUACGCAACAGGGUAGAAUUGUUGACUUACAAAAACAGUUGUUAUCAGAAAUUCUCCAAGGCAGAUCUAUAGGGAUCCACAAUUCUGUUGAUGUAGGGAUUAACACAAUUAGAGAAAGGUUUCGUGAUAAGAAAGUUCUCCUUGUUCUCGAUGAUGUGGAUAAGAGAGAUCAACUCUCUAAGCUAGCUGGAAAGAGUGAUUGGUUUGGUCCAGGAAGCAGAAUCAUCAUUACAACAAGGGAUAUCAACUUUUUGCCAAUCGAAGAGGAGGACAAAGAGAGUAGUUUCCAAGCACAUUUUCAAGAGUUUACAAUCUAUAAAAUGACAGAAUUGGAUUCUUUCCACGCUCUUCAGCUUUUUAGUAAACAUGCCUUCAGGAUGGAUUUCCCACCACAGGACUUGGUUGAUAGCUCAAGGAAAAUUACUACGAAAAUAGGUGGACUUCCUUUAGCUCUCGAGGUUAUUGGUUCCUCACUUUAUUGCAAGAGCAAAAUUUUUUGGAAAGACACUUUGAAGAAGUUAGAUUUGGUGCCCAACCCGGAAGUCCUCGAUAAAUUAAAAAUUAGUUAUGACAUGUUACAACCUCAUCAAAGAGAGAUCUUUCUUGAUAUCGCAUGUUUCUUCAUUGGUAAAGAUAGACUCCACCCAUACUAUAUGUGGAAAGCUUCCAACUAUUUUCCAAGGAGUGAACUACUUGUCCUUACCCGUAUGUCUUUGAUAAAGAUAACAAAAGAUGAUACAUUGUGGAUGCAUGAUCAACUUAAAGAUCUUGGAAGAGAAGUUGUUCGGCGUGAAGAUGUCAAUUUUCCAAAGAAGCGUAGCAGGUUGUGGGAGCCUAGGAUUGCCUUUGAUGUGGUUCGGAUGAAAGAGGCUUUUUCCUAUCACCAGGGGACAGACAAAGUUGUAGCACUAAAAUUAACAGGACUCUCUGAAGAGUACAAUUUCACAAGUGAAGAACUUUCAAAAUUGCCCAAUCUAAGAUUCUUGGAUUUAGAGGGUGGGAAUUUGGUAGGAGACUUUAAGAAUCUUCUCUCCAAGUUAACAUGGCUCUCUUGGCAUCGUUGUCCUUUGGAAUUAAAUGUGAUGAAUUUGAGUCUCGAGAAGUUAGCUGUGCUCGAGCUUUCAAGUGAUGACAUUACUGAAGAUUGGACCGGAUGGGGGUCAUGUCUGGUGAGCGAGAACUUAAAAGUUAUGGAGAUCGGGUAUUGUCCAAACUUAAAAAGGACUCCCAACUUCUCGAAAUGCUCAAAUUUGAAGAGAUUGGUCAUUAAAGAGUGCACAAACUCACUAGUGGUUGAUAUCUCUCUCUCUAAACUAGAGCACCUAAAACACUUGGAAAUCAACACUUGGUAUGACUCACAUAAUGACAGUUCUGACCUUUUUCCACUACUGUUGGUAUUUAGUGGUCUAAAAUCCCUGUCAAUGCUAGAAAUAGUAGGGAUGCAACUUCAAAAACUUCAUCAUUCCAUUGGAGAGAUGACACGUUUGGAGUAUUUGUCUUUAGAUGAAUGUCAUUUUCUUAGAACACUUCCAGAUUCCAUCCAAGAUCUUAAAAUGUUGAGAAGGAUGAGUCUUUGUAACACUUCGAUAACGGAGCUACCGAACACGAUAGGAGGAUUAGAAUCUUUGCUUGAGCUAGAUUUCAGCAGAACUGAAGUCACAAAAUUGCCUAUUUCUAUUGGGAAUCUUAAAAAGUUGAGGAAGAUGAGUCUUUAUCAGACUGAUAUAAAGGAGCUACCGAACCAAAUAGGAGGGCUAGAGUCUUUACUUGAGCUAGAUUUAAGGGACACAUAUAUCACGGAAUUGCCUAUUUCCAUUGGGAAUCUUAAAAAGUUGAGGAAGAUGAGUCUUUGUUGGACUGAUAUAAAGAAGCUACCAAACCAAAUAGGAGGGCUAGAGUCUUUGCUUGAGCUAGAUUUGAGCGAAUCAAAAAUCAUAGAAUUGCCUGUUUCUAUUGGGAAUCUUAAAAAGUUGAGGAAGAUGAGUCUUCAUCAAACCAAUAUAAAGAAGAUACCGGACCAAAUAGGAGAGAUAGAGUCUUUGCUUGAGCUAGAUUUAAGCGGGACGGAUAUCAUAGAAUUACCUACUUCUAUUGGAAAUCUCAAACAAUUGAAGAUUCUUUGUCUAGACGAAUGUGCCAUUAGAGAGCUACCAAAGGUCAUAGGGAUGCUAGAGAAUCUGAAAGCUUUACAUGCGAAUUUCUGUGGAAAUAUGAAGGGAGAAAUUCCAAGUGAAAUUGGGGGUCUAUCCUUUUGUACAAAGCUAGAGAUGACAAAGAGCAAGAUAAGGAGAUUGUCCACGACUAUUAAUAAGCUUUCUCAUCUGCGACAACUUCAUUUGGAUCAGUGUAAUGAACUUGAACAAUUGCCAGAUCUCCCUGUGAAUUUGAAGGAGUUAAAGUUCUCAUCUCAUUUAUUGUGGACAGCCCAUGACCUUUCAUGUCUAACUAACUUAGUCCAUCUUCAUAUACGGGGUGACACUCCUAGGUUGUUGGAAUUUAGACAAGGAGUUCCAAAGAUAGAGUGGAUUGAGAGGCUAAAUUAUUUAGAGAGCUUGACACUUGUCACUGGAGAUGUCACUUUUCCUCCGAUUAAUUUGGCUACUCUUUCACGGCUUCAGAUUCUUGAGAUAACUUGUGUUGACCCACAAUCUCUAAUGGGGCUUCCAUCCACUCUUGAAAAAUUGACUCUACAUGAUGUGAAGUCACCCAUGGGAAGGUCACUCUUUUCCAACUCGACCAAUUUGACCAGUUUGUACCUUCUUAAUUGUCAUCUGAGGGAAGUUGAAUUUGAUGAUUUGCUUGGACGGCAAUUGAAGGAACUCCAUAGUUUGGAGUUAAAGGAUAGUGCAAUGCUUGAGAGGCUUUUGGUAUCGAGAUUAGAGGGGCUCCAAGUGUUGAGUAUGAGGGGUUGCCCUGGGCUAAUAGAGACUCAAGGUCUAGAGAAAUUGGAAUCACUAGUCUCAUUGACUUUCGAUGGAUGCGGUUCCUUAAAAGAGUUGCCUGAUUUAUCAAAAUUAAAGAAGCUGUGGCAUUUGAUUGUCCCAGAUCAACUUCAAGAAAAGUUGCCUUGUCCACAUCAUCCAGACACGUGGGACCACCAGAAUUCAGUUAUAAGUCGCUGCCUCUUGGGAAAGAUAAUAGAAUACCGAUAUCAACAACUAGGGGUGAGCAGCGUCAGGGGUUGA